AUAUUCUUAAAAAUAAUAAAAUAAUUUUAAUGGACAUGGAUGAAAAAUAAGAUAUUCUUUUCCCAUUACAAAAAUUAAUAAUCAAAUAAAUUUUUGCUAAUCAAGUAAUCAGUAUUAUAAUAAUAAUUUAUCCUUCAAUUCUCAAACUAAAAACCCUAACCCUAAACCUGAAUAAACCGUCGCCUCCUUUCCUUUCCAUUCUGUUCGGAAAAAAACGAAACAACAACACGAACAGCAGCAGAUGACAACCCGCCGGAAGUUUUCCUCCGGCGAACACAAUCCGGCCACGAUCGACGGCAUCAGCCUCUUGCCGGACACAAUCCUCUGCCACAUCCUCUCUUUCCUCCCGACCAAAUCCUCCGUAAGAACCAGCGCUCUCUCCAAAAGAUGGCUCUCUCUCUGGUCAUACGUCCCCAAUUUAGAUUUCGAAUCAGAACAUCAAGACAUAAUCAACAGAGUUACGCUGCUGCACAAAGCCCUAACCAUAAACACAUUUAGCCUAAUUCAAAAGAACGACAGCUCACUCAUCAACGAAAACGAGUACCAAUUAGAGACGUGGAUUAUGUUCGCCGUUGCGCGCAACGUCAAAAAUCUCCACCUUUCUGUCGUUUCCAAUGUGUUCUUGCCUCGCCGCCUCUUCACCUGCGAAACCCUAGUUAAUUUGAGGCUCGACGAUUGCGGUGUGGUCCCCAAUAUAGGCGGCGGUGGAGUGCGCUUGCCUCGCCUUAAGAAGCUUCAUCUAACUUAUGUACUCUACGAAGGUGACGAGUCCAUAUCGAACCUGCUUUCCGGUUGUCCGGUGCUUGAAGAGUUGGUUAUGGAGUUAAUCUGGGGUUUGGUUCGCUGUAACGUAACUUCACCCUCGAUCGAAAGGCUGACGCUCGAUUUUCAGUCCAAUGGCAAGGGUGGUAUUGGCAACCGUGAAUACUGGGUCGAGAUAAAUGCCCCUGCACUCAGAUAUCUCAAGAUGACCAAUUGUUACGCCCGGGAUAUCAAAUGUGGGACGAUGAACUCGUUAAUUGAAGCGGAUAUUGAUAUCUACAAUUACAACGAUUUUCCUUAUUCCCGAUUUGAAUUGGAAUUUAUUCAUAGGCUUCGCAAUGUCGAGUGCCUGCAUUUGGAUUUAGCACAUUGUACAGGGGUAUGUAUGUAUGUAUGUAUGCACGCGCGUAUUCGAUCUUUCGUUUUUCUUUAUUUUCAUAACUUAACCAAACUCGAACUGACUGCUGAUUGUCCUUUUCUCUCAAAGUUUCUCGAAAGUGCUGAUAAUCUUCAAAUCCUUAUUUUCUCCGAGUUUUACGAAGAAAUAGAAUGCUGGAUGGAACCCCAACAAGUGCCGAAAUGCCUAUCGUCACAUCUUAGAUUUGUAAGGCUUUCUGGCGUCGGAGGUAAACAACACGAGUAUGAAUAUAUACAAUAUCUUUUAAGGAAUGCGAAUGUUUUGGAGAGGAUGGAAAUAUCGCCUUGCAAAUCCAUUGGUUUUGGGGAUAAGUUUUAUAUGCUCCAGAAAAUCUCAAUGUUUCGACGAGGAUCCGAUGCUUGUGAAGUUGCGUUUGAUCUGUUUGCUGUUAUGGAGGCAACAAUUGACAGACUCAGUGAUUUGCCGGACUCAGUCCUGACUCACAUUCUCUCUUUCCUCCCGACCAAAUUCUCCGUAAGAACCAGCAUUCUAGGUCAAAGAUGGAGGCAUCUCUGGACCUACGUCCCCAAUUUAGAUUUCGACUGCAGCGAUCAAACCAUCAUCGACGAGGUUUUGUCGACGCAUAAAUUCCAAAGCAUUAAUACUUUCCGCCUCUCUUCGAACUCCCCGAAACGGACUGACCCGUGGAUUAUCAGCACAUGGAUUAACAUUGCAAUUGAUCGCAACAUCCGAAAACUCGAUCUUUGUUUCUUCGACUACACAAUCUGUUUGCCUAAUCGUCUCUUCACCUGCAAAACCCUAGUUGAUUUGAGGCUCGAUUCUUGCGGUCGGAUCCCCGAUCCAGGCAUUGCAGUGCGUUUGCCUCGUCUGAAGAAGCUUCACCUGGUCUAUGUUCACUACAAGGAUGGUGAAUCCCUCGCGAACCUGGUUUCUCGAUGUCCGGUGCUCGAGGAGUUGGUAAUCUAUUUAGACAUGAUCAAUUAUCGUUACUAUAGAAUAUCUUCGCCCACAAUUAAAAGACUCAGCAUGAAAAUUCAUCCCCGUGGUACGUAUUAUGACCCGAAUUCUGACAAAGAACAAGAAGAAGAAAACCACAAGAUGGAGAUAGAUACACCAGCCCUUGUUUAUCUCCACUUAGUCGAUUACGCAGCCCGACUUAUCAAAACCGGGCCGCUAACCUCCUUAACCGAAGCAGAUAUCUAUCUUUGCAAUUAUGUCGUGGCAGAUCACUAUUCUCUUUAUGCUCGAUCCGUGGCUGGGUUUAUUGAUGGUCUCCAUAACGUCAAGUGCCUAAAUUUAGAUUUAUCGUAUAGCAAAGAGGUACGGAUUUUUCGAUUUUUUUUCUCCCUUAAUCUCAUUGUAUAUAUAUUCUCUUUAGUGAUGGUAACCUUGUGCUUGUCUUUCCAGAUUAUCGACUCAAUAUCCUCGGUAUGGAGUACUAGAAGAAGGUUUCAUAACUUAACGAAGCUCGAGUUGACUUCUCCUUACCUUCUUCUCAAUAUGUUCAUUCAGAAUGCCGAUAAUCUCCAAGUCCUUAUUUUCUCCAAGCCCUUUGAAGUUAUAGACUCUUGGAUGGAACCACCACAACAAGUGCCCGAAUGCCUAUUGCGAAAUCUUAGAAUCGUAAAGCUCGACCAAAUUGAAGGUCAAGACGACGAGUUUGAAUAUAUAAGAUACAUUUUGAGGAAUGCCAGAGUUUUGGAGAGGAUGGAAAUAACGUAUCACUGUUCCUUUGAUUCCGAGGCGAAUAUUCGUACGCUCAAGGAGAUCUUACAUUCUUAUCGAGGAUCCGCUGCAUGUGAAGCUGCGUUUGUUAAGGGGCUCAAUAACCGUAGGUUGUAAAGUGCCUUGAUUUCUAAGCACUGUUGUUUCGUAAUUGCUUUAUGCAUUCGGCCCUUAUAAGCUC